AUGGGUAGAUCGCUGACCGGCACCGUGAUCAUUACGGGAGGCAAUGGACAAUUGGGAUCUGAGAUCGCCAUUGCCAUCGUCAAAACCCAACCUUUUGCGCACAUACUCUUGACGGUGCGAGAUACCACACGGGCAGAUGUUCGCGAUUUGAUAUCCAAAGUCCGGUUCAUUGGUCCGCGAUCGAUUGAGGUCAUUACCCUCGACUUAAAUGAUCUACGGUCAGUAUCCGACUUCGCACAAAGCACAGUGGAACGAGUGCGAAGGAAUGAGAUUCCGCCGGUGGUUGAUCUCAUUCAUUCUGCCGCCAUUGCGUCUUACACAGUCGACGAGCCAACCCUCGAUGGUUAUGACCCUGUAUAUCAGACCAACUGUGUCGCUCCAUUCUUCUUAACCAUCGGACUUCUCGAGGCCUUCCGCGCAGGCGACGGAACCCCCGACGGAGGUGCGAAAGUGAUCAACAUAGGCUGUUCAGCAGUUUCCUAUGGGAGACUAGACUACUUCAAUCGCGAAGACCGGGACGAUCGACGGCCCGGGACGCCGAUGAGCGCGAAGGAAGGAAAUAUCCGGUAUGGAAGCAGUAAAUUACUCAUCAGUGUGGCACUGUAUGCAUUGCGGCGGAGUCUGACCAGCACGGGUAAUAUCGCGCUUGAUAUCUUCACCCUGGACCCCGGCGGUAUGACUGGUGAGAGCAAAUUGAGAACCGGGGCACCCUUGUCUGUUCGUGUGGCACAUCAGACACGAUCGGGGCUGAGACCCUUUCUGCGCAUGGUAUCUCGAAGCUCGAUUAACAAAGCCAAUGUUCCGGCCAAGGUCAUCGCCAAAGUUGCAUUUCAGCCGGGCGUGGUGGAGACUUGUCAAACGGAACGGUAUUAUAUUCUAGAUAGUGGGUAUGAGGCCGGAUCCGUCAUAGCAACUCUACGAGAUGGGUCCACGAUGGGGAAGGUGCUGGUCAAAAUGAUGGGCCAGGUCGAAAACAGUGGGAAAGGACUAGGAUCUUCAGGAUCCCGACAUGAACCGGCACUACGCCUCGCCGAAGGGCUAUGCAGCCUAUCCUCGCGGCGACAGCACCUUUUCCCUCUCCCCGAACAACCUCGCUCACAACCUGCGCUUCGGCGUCGACGGCAGCUCUUCCAGCGACUCAUUUUUCUCGGCGGCAUCUCCCUCCUGCUAUUCAUCUUCAUUUUCCCCUCAUGGCGCGCAGCGAUCCUUCCUACCCUCUCGCUCGGCCUCUUCCACGGCACAGAGGACCUACAAAUACAGACGGUCCGAUAUUAUGAUCUAUCGGAAGUGGAAGGGACAGAGAAGGGCUGGGAGCGCGGAGAACGUGUCCUCAUGCUCACCCCGCUGCGCGAUGCCUCCUCCCACCUGCCCAUGUUUUUCUCGCAUCUCCGAAACCUCACCUACCCACACAAUCUCAUCGACCUCGCUUUCCUCGUGUCCGACUCGCACGAUGACACCCUCGAGAUGCUGUCACGUAUGCUCACAGAGGUGCAGAAUGACCCAGACCCGAAAAUGGCGUUUGGCGAGAUCUCAGUGAUCCAGAAGGAUUUCGGCCAGAAAGUGCAGCAGGAUGUCGAGAGCCGGCACGGAUUCGAGGCUCAGGCUAGCCGUCGUAAGCUGAUGGCUCAGGCGCGGAAUUGGUUACUGAGUGCGACACUGCGUCCGACACACAGCUGGGUCUAUUGGCGAGAUGCAGACGUGGAAACGGCGCCAUUUACGAUCCUUGAGGAUCUGAUGCGCCAUAACAAGGAUGUCACUGUACCAAAUGUGUGGAGGCCGCUUCCGGACUGGUUGGGUGGAGAGCAGCCAUACGAUUUGAACUCGUGGCAGGAGUCAGAGACAGCCCUCGCGCUGGCGGAUACACUGGAUGAGGACGCUGUCAUUGUCGAAGGGUAUGCGGAGUAUGCGACAUGGCGACCUCAUCUCGCCUACCUCCGCGAUCCCUACGGCGACCCGGACAUGGAGAUGGAGCUGGAUGGCAUUGGUGGUGUUAGCAUUCUGGCGAAAGCUCGUGUGUUCCGCGCCGGUGUCCACUUCCCAGCGUUCAGCUUCGAGAAGCAUGCCGAGACUGAAGGAUUUGGCAAGAUGGCCAAGCGCAUGAAGUUCUCGGUGGUUGGGUUACCACACUAUGUAAUCUGGCAUCUGUACGAGCCCAGUGUUGAUGAUCUGCGCCACAUGGAAGAAAUGGAACUAGAACGGCAGGCUCGCGAGCAAGAAGAACGCGAGCGAGAGGCCGAACAAAAGGAGGCCGCCCAUUCCAAGGCUGGUUCGCACCAAGCCAGCGACAAUCUCAAGGGUUCCGAGAAGGGUCCUGCUGCUCAGCCGGCCAAGGAUGCUCCAAAGGGCUCUUCUAACGAAUGA